CGGACGCAGAAAGCGCGGCGGUUAAGCACCGGCGCUGGCGGACCCAGGGAGGACAGGAAAACUCCGCCCCCUCUACAGCAGCAGGACAUGCUGACGUAGGAGGCUUAACCCACAGUGGUCCUAAUGUUUCUCUGCUGAAGCAGUUGAUCAGGUACUCUGGAUGCAUUUGUUGCUAUGGGAGAUUGGAACGCUAUUGCAGUGCCAGGACAAUUACCAGAUAACAAUAUUCCUUGGUAUACCUCAGCCAAAAAGAUGUCCCCCUCAAGCUUAAGUGUACAUGUUCUAAGCUCACCACAGCCUUUGUCCAAAAGUGUGCACAGCUUUUCCAGUGCCUUCUGCACAGAAGAGAAUGUUGAACAGAGCCUCUCCUAUCUUAACACGGAGCUGACCACACUUGGCUUCCCUUCGCUUUAUGCUGACUCCAAAGGUAAAGAGUUGUAUGUAGUGUCAGUUUUAAACUGUAUGAAUGAACUGCUGCAGCUCCAGCGAAAACAUCUUCGAGCUCAAGAAGAAGCCGAAACUCAGCAUCUCAAACUGAGCAGCGAUAUGGACCACCUGCAAAAUUGUUAUACUAAAUUAAAGGAACAGCUGGAAACCUCUAGAAGAGAAACAGUCGGGCUUCAAGAAAGAGAUAGACAACUGCAAUGCAAAAACAGAAACUUGCACCAAUUACUCAAAAAUGAAAAAGAUGAGGUGCAGAAGCUACAGAAUGUAGUUGCAAGUCGAGCUACUCAGUACAAUCAUGAUAUGAAGAGAAAAGAGAGAGAAUACAACAGACUGAAAGAACGUUUUCACCAGCUUCUUAUGAACAAAAAGGAUAAAAAAAUUGUUAUGGAUGUUUUGAACUAUGUUGGGAGAGUUGAUGGCAAGCGAGGUGGCUGGAGAACUGGGAAAACAGAAGCUAGGAAUGAAGAGGAAAUGUACAAAGUUCUCCUUAAUGAAUAUGAACAGCGGCAGAAACAGCUUCUGGUUGAAAACGCAGAGCUUAAAAAGCUGCUUCAGCAAAUGAAAAAGGAGAUAAUCUCUCUCCUCCCACCACAGAAACAGAAACCUAGAGAGAGGGCGGAAGAUGGCAGUGGAACUGUAAAUGUCCUGUCGGAUGUGGAGGAUGACUCUGGAGAAGUAAAUAAAGAGAACGUAUGGGAACUGUCUUGUGACACAGUGCGUGAACAGUUGGCUAAUAGCAUCCGAAAGCAGUGGAGAAUGCUGAAAAACCACGUGGAAAAGCUGGACAAUCAAGUAUUACAUGUGCACUCUGAAACACUGAACAGCAACAAUACAAUCUCAAGAGAAGAGCAUGAAAUGGAAGUCGAAAGGCUACAGUUGGAAAUUCAGCAGUGUAAGGAAAUGAUCAAAACUCAACAGCAACUCUUACAGCAACAGCUAACUUCUCCAUCUGAUGAUGAUACCAGUCUGUUACUAAAGGACUGUUACCUGCUGGAGGAAAAAGAGCGACUGAAGGAGGAAUGGAAACUUUUCAAAGAACAGAAGAGGAAUUUUGAAAAAGAGCGCAAAAGUUUUACAGAAGCCGCUAUUAGAUUAGGACUUGAGAGGAAGGCUUUUGAGGAAGACCGUGGAACUUGGCUGAAGCAGCAGUUCUUAAAUAUGACUUCUGAGCCCAAUAAGUUUGAAUACGUGAAACAUCGAAGUGCCUUCUCAGGAAGUUCUGACUCUGAUAAUCCAUUGACAAACUUCAGGUCUCACCAGAAGAAAUGUAGUGACUUGUCUAAUGUAUCCACAUUCUCUGACAUUUGUCAAACUACUCAGCAUGACCUUGCAAACAGUUCAAGUACUCUUCUGGAUAAAACUCCUGCAGUCAGAAAAUCAAGCCAGGUUAAAAAGGAGCAGCUGCGAAAGAUACACCAUAGUGGCCCCGGCCCUGUUGCCCAGGACGACACUUACAGUUUACACAUGUGGUUACCAUCAAACUCAUGCACAGAGCAUCUUGAUAACUUGCCUUAGAUUUUUAGCCUACCUCUCUUUAUUAAGCAAAUGUGCCCAUCAACUUUCUGACUUCAUUUGGUGAGACAGGGUGUGACAAGUGAAAUUGCUCGAUAUUCUCAGUUGUGCUGUAUGUGUGGCUUUUUAAGGUCCCCCCCCCAAGUCUUUCAGGUCUGUACCGUUUUGAAAGGCUAUUAAAAUGUUUGCAUAUAUAUAUAGUGUCUUGUGAUGGAAGUCUUGGUUCUUUGAUUUGGAAAGUAUAGGGAUCUUCUGGUAAUGAAAUACUGUAGCCUUUUGUAUUUUUUACUUCAGGAAAAAGUAGCACUUUUAACACUAAUUUAUGGUAAAUGGUUCACUUAAGUGAACAUGGGCAAUUGAAACUUUUUUCCUUCACUUGAAUGUACAGUAUAUUGUAGAAGAUUAAUGUGGCAGGUACUGUAUUUAUUGUGCAAUUUGUAUGUGUGUGUACAGAUUACCUCUUUCGUAUCUGUUAAAUAAAGGACAAAUCUUAGGUUGUGUCUAGAUGAAAGAGAAAUGAUUAUGUGACAAUGCCAUGAAAUGAAAUGCACAGAUCUCCACAAAUCAUAGUAUUUUACAUGCCAAAUGUAACCUGAUUUUUUAAAUUGUGAUGCUAUGUUUACAGAGGAAUUUUUGUUCCUUAAAAGGAUUAUUCUAGUCAAGAGUAAAAUUCUCUUAAAAAUGUA